AAUCAAAAUAAUCAAAAAAAUGCAUUAUUUCGGUUUUGUCGAUGCGAUAAUUAAUUUCCAUCGUUAAUUAAUUAGUCUUUUCUGCAUUAAUUAUAGUUUCGUGCAAAUUUCCUAUCACCAUGUGCCAUACUUUAUUGUUAUAUCACAAAUCCGAAUGAUUUUUACGUGUGUUUUAUGUUAAAAUUCGAAACCCUUUCAGCAUGAAAUUUAAUAAACAUUUUUGGAUAAAACUAUUUGUAAUAGCUUUACACGCGAAUGAAAUAUUCGCUGCGUUUUCCGGAUUAUACGUAGAUAAUGGCAAAGGCCAAACUGUCAUCGAACGAUUCAUCUCGAGGAAAGAAAAGCUGAAAUUUGAACGUGAAAUGUUGAGCAUUUUAGGUUUACCUCGUAAACCGCGAAAAGUGUUCAAUUCUUCGGAACUGGAAACCUCAGCUCCUAAAUUUCUACUCGAGGUUUACAAAUCCUUGGAAGGAAGCGAGGUUGAAAAUGAUUUCAAUUUGGGAAGCGACGAUUACCGUUCGGUAAAAGAAAGCGAUGCUAUAAUGACAUUUUUAUCUCACACUGAUCACGUGAAUAGUGUGAGACACGAAAAAGGCAAACGAUUAUGGUUCGACGUAUCAGAUGUGCCAGUAGGAGAUACCAUUGUCAAUGCAGAAUUACGUUUAUACAAGCAACUCAACAGUGAAAUGAUGGACGAUACGAAAUGCACUAUAAAUGUUUAUCAAGUUGUGUUAGAUUUAAAUGGAGAUAAGCAGUUGGAAUUCGUCGAUGCAGUAAACGUGACCGGAGAUUACGAAGGAUGGUUAGUUUUCAACGUUUCGUCUCCUCUUCUAAACUGGGUAGCUUUUCCAACCUCCAACAAAGGACUCUAUUUCUCGGUUCACAAACACUUGAAAUCACUACACGAAAUCCAUCCGGAAAACUUGGGUAUAAUUUCGACCUCUAGUUCGGAUGGCGAAAGUCAACAACCUUUCAUGGUGGCGUUUCUCAAAUACGGUGCGAAUAGUCAAAAGGCAAAAAUACGUCGUAUAAGAGAUACAACAGUUCGAAGAAAGAAGAAAAUCGAAGGAAGUUCUAAUCAGAAAACAAAUCCUUUCUAUGCUCCCGAAUCUCCUUGGUCGUUGAGAAAUUGUCAAAUACAAACAUUAUACGUAAAUUUCAAAGAUCUAAAUUGGCACGAAUGGAUUAUCGCUCCCGAUGGAUACGCAGCUUACUAUUGCAGCGGUCUUUGCGAUUUCCCUUUGAAUGCUCAAAUGAACGCAACUAAUCACGCAGUUGUGCAAACAUUAGUACAUUUAGUCAGUCCUGCCGAUGCGCCGAAAGCGUGCUGUGUUCCAACGAAAUUAGGUUCGAUCGCUGUCUUGUAUUAUUUGGAAGAUAAUAACGUUAUUUUAAAAAAGUAUCGUAACAUGAUAGCUAAAAGCUGCGGUUGCCAUUAGAGCUUUUGGUGGUUUUUGAAAUGUGCUCUCUUUCAUAAAGACGUUUAGUUGGUUUAAUUUUUGUAUCCUAUAUACUGAAUCUGGAUAUUUCUUUUGUCCUUGAAGACAAACGUCGUAUAUUUGAUGUCCGUUCAGCAUCAGUCUAUUUCAGUAUUAAAUUUUAUAUUUAUUUGUAUAUUUGUCUACGAGUUGUAGUAUUGUUAUAUAUUUUAUUUUUAUUUCGUUAUUUUACAAAUUAAUUCGAGUGAGCUUUUCAUUCGCAAAUGGAUGCCAUAUUAAAUUUAGAUAUCAAAAUAUUGUGCCAUGGUGAUUUAUGCAUGAAGCGUAUUCACUUUCGAAAAUCUCGUAUUUGUACUUGAAUGUUAUUUUAAUAUUCUGAAUUUACGUAUUUUAUACUUGAUGAUUUUGUUCUUUCUAUUGUGUAUUGUACCCAUCAUGUUGUGUUGGCCAAACGAAAAAUAAAUAUUGAAACUUUU